AUGGCUGACGGCAUUGACCGACGAGCAGAUGACAGGCUGGAGUUCAGCACCUCGAAGGAGGUCACGGUUGCCCCGACCUUCGAGGAUAUGCACCUGAAGGAAAGCCUCCUUCGUGGUAUUUAUGCUUACGGCUACGAAUCUCCCUCCGCCGUUCAGUCGCGGGCAAUUGUCCAGAUUUGCAAGGGUCGUGACACGAUCGCUCAAGCGCAGUCCGGUACUGGUAAAACCGCCACAUUUUCGAUCAGUAUCCUGCAAGUUAUCGACACUGUCGUGCGCGAGACACAAGCCCUUGUUCUUUCGCCGACCCGCGAACUUGCGACUCAGAUUCAGUCGGUCAUUAUGGCCUUGGGAGAUUACAUGAAUGUACAGUGCCACGCUUGCAUUGGAGGCACAAAUAUCGGCGAGGACAUUCGGAAGCUGGACUACGGCCAGCACGUUGUUUCGGGUACACCAGGCAGAGUCGCGGACAUGAUCCGUAGACGCCACCUGCGCACUCGACACAUCAAGAUGCUGGUCCUUGAUGAGGCUGACGAACUUCUGAACCGCGGUUUCCGUGAACAAAUCUACGACGUCUACCGCUACCUCCCCCCUGCUACACAGGUCGUUGUCGUUUCCGCCACUCUCCCCUACGACGUCCUCGACAUGACGACGAAAUUCAUGACAGACCCCGUCCGCGUUCUGGUCAAGCGUGACGAAUUGACCCUGGAAGGCAUCAAACAAUACUUCAUCGCGGUUGAGAAAGAAGAGUGGAAGUUCGAUACCCUUUGCGAUCUCUACGACACCUUGACCAUCACCCAGGCCGUGAUCUUCUGCAAUACCCGCCGGAAGGUCGACUGGCUGACUGAUAAGAUGCGCGAAGCCAAUUUCACAGUAUCCAGCAUGCACGGCGAAAUGCCCCAAAAGGAGCGCGACAGUAUCAUGCAAGACUUCCGCCAGGGCAACUCUCGUGUCCUCAUCUCCACCGAUGUCUGGGCUCGUGGUAUCGACGUUCAGCAAGUCUCCCUCGUCAUCAACUACGACCUACCCACCAACCGUGAGAACUAUAUCCACCGUAUUGGUCGAAGUGGUCGGUUCGGAAGAAAGGGUGUCGCCAUCAACUUCGUCACCAGCGAUGACGUGCGGAUCCUCCGUGACAUUGAAUUGUACUACUCUACUCAGAUUGAUGAGAUGCCUAUGAAUGUCGCUGAUCUCCUUUCGUAA